GCCACUCUUUCCCCUCUUUGCUCUCGCUCCCUCGAACGGGAAGCGUCGUCUUCUUUUCUCGAUUCCACUUCCGCCAAACCCUAAUUGGUGCGUUGCUACCUGCGAUCUGAUCGGGUUCCGAAACCCUAAUUUCUGGUCUAGGAAAAAUCUCGAACUCCGGCAUGGACGACUGCAGCGGCAAAGCCACUACGGUGGCCCAAGCCAUCGCCGCCGCACUGGAUUGGGGCUCUCCCCCCGACGCCCGGAAGGCGGCCGUCGACUACCUGGAAUCCAGCAGAUUGGAUGAUUGUUUCAGGACUAACGGAACCUGGUCCCCUUGGUUCGUUGAUCACAUAACCAUGCUUGACUUUCAGGUUAAGAGUGGUGACAUUCGAACUUUGGCAAGCACAUCUCUGAUUCUAGUUCAGAGGAAUUGGCCAUCAGAGAUCCGGCUACAUGGGUUCAAGUUAUUGCAGCAUUUGGUUCGAUUUAGAUGGGAUGAGUUUAACAUUACAGAAAGGAGAGAAUUUGCAAACCUCACAAUCAAUAUAGUAUCAGAGGUGGUAAAUCCUCAUGAGGAAUGGGCGCUGAAGAGUCAGACGGCUGCUUUAGUUGCUGAGGUUGUUCGAAGAGAAGGAGUAGCAUUAUGGCAUGAGCUUCUACCAACUUUGGUUUCUCUAUCAAUCAAAGGUCCUAUUGAGGCUGAGUUAGUUGCUAUGGUGCUGAGGUGGCUUCCUGAAGACAUAACAGUUCAUAAUGAGGACUUAGAAGGUGACAGGCGAAGAGUACUCUUGCGUGGGCUUACUGAAUCAUUGACUGAAAUUUUUCCACUUCUAUAUUCUUUGCUUGAAAAACAUUUCGGGGCUGCUUUGAGUGAGUUUGCAGGACAACAGUUGGAUGCAGCAAAACAGCAUGCAUCUACUGUAAUAGCUUCUCUGAAUGCUGUAAAUGCAUAUGCUGAAUGGGCUCCUGUGCCUGAUCUUGCUAAAUAUGGUUUGAUUCACGGAUGUGGGUCCUUACUGCAGUAUAAUGAAUUUCGCCUCCAUGCUUGUGAGUUUUUUAAAUUCAUCUGUCAAAGGAAAAGACCUACUGAUGCUACAGCUGUGGAGUUUGAUUCUGCAAUGACGAUGAUCUUCCAGAUUUUAAUGAAUGUGUCUAGAGAAUUCCUGAGCAGAUCUAGGUCAAAUUUUACUGCAAUUGAUGAAACCGAGUUUGAGUUUGUCGAAUGUAUAUGUGAGUGCAUGGUAACUUUGGCUUCUUCCAACAUGCAAUGUAUUACCGGGGAUGGAACAACAACAACUCAAUUUCUUCAGCAGAUGGUGGAGUACUACCAACAUGUAAAGUUUGGCCUCCACUUCCAAUCUUUGCUCUUUUGGCUUGCAAUAAUGAGAGAACCUGUAUCAAAGGUGAAAGGCGGUGGACAGAUUGGUGGGGACAAUUCUGCUGUUGGUAACUCUGAAGUUUCUUCCAGACCUACAGAAAAAGAAAAGAAAGGGGUGUCAGCUUUCAUCAAUGAUGACAUUUGUGCAGCUAUCUUGGAUAUUUCUUUCCAGAGAAUGUUAAAGAAAAAUCCUUCUGCAACCAACAUAUCAACAUCUAAAGCAUUUGAACUUUGGGAUGAUGAGUUUGAUUCAAGAACUGACUUCAGCCAAUACCGCUCUAGGCUGCUGGAGCUCAUCAGACUUGUUGCUGUUCAAAAGCCACUGGUAGCUGCAACAAGAGUUUCGGAGAGAAUUAACCUGAUACUCAAGAGUUAUGUCCAUGCUUCAGUGUCUGCGCAGGAUGUAGCCUUAAUAGAAAGUAUGCAACUGGGACUUGAAACAGUUGUUGGUGCAAUUUUUGAUGGUUCAGCUGAAUUUUUAAAUAGCGCUGCUGAGUCCAAGUUCCAGUUAUGCACAAUUUUUGAAGGUGUGCUUCAAUGGUUCCUUUCUUUAAGCUGGACCGAACCAGCACUUGCAGUAAUCCUUGGUAGAUAUUUGGAUGCGAUGGGGCCUUUUCUCAAAUACUAUCCUGAUUCAGUUGCGAAUGUUGUGAAUAAACUUUUUGGGCUUUUGACAUCACUUCCUAUUGUGAUCAAGGAUCCUUCUUUUAAUAAUGCUCGUCAUGCUAGAUUGCAAAUUUGUACAUCAUUUAUACGCAUUGCAAAAGCUGCAGAAAGAAGUCUUCUUCCUCAUAUGAAGGGUAUUGCGGACACCAUGGCUUAUCUACAAGGAGAAGGUCACUUACUUCGUGGUGAGCAUAAUCUUUUAGGUGAAGCAUUUCUUAUCAUGGCAUCUUCUGCUGGAAUUCAACAGCAACAGGAAGUGUUAGCUUGGUUACUUGAACCAUUAAGCAAGCAAUGGACACAGUCAGAGUGGCAAAAUGCUUUUCUAUCCGACCCUGCUGGUCUAACUCGAUUAUGUUCUGAUCCUCAAUUUAUGUGGUCAAUUUACCAUACUGUAACAUUCUUUGAGAAGGCACUGAAAAGAAGUGGAAUCAAAAAGUCUGUCCUGAAUCUACAAGGAAGUUCAGUAGUCACUGAUGUUUCCACUCAACCACAUCCUAUGUCUUCUCAUUUAUCAUGGAUGCUGCCCCCUCUCUUAAGGCUGAUUCGUUCCAUACAUUCUCUUUGGUCUCAACCCAUAACUCAAACUUUGACGAGCGAAAUCAGUGCAGCAAAGGCUAUGAAUCAUGUCGAGCAGGCUAGCCUUCUUGGUGAAAGCAAUAAAUUGUUCAAAGGUCUGUCCACUUCUGCAGAUGGACCCCAGACUGACACAUUGAGGGAAGGAGAGUCAAGUGAAAACGACAUAAGAAAUUGGUUAAAAGGAAUCAGGGAUAGUGGGUACAAUGUUAUAGGUCUAUCAGCAACCACAGGAGAUACAUUUUUUCGGUGCAUUGAGAGUCACUCUGUUGCAUUAGCUCUAGUCGAGAAUGUCCAAUCUAUGGAAUUUAGACAUCUGCGGCAACUUAUCCACUUGGUCAUCAUUCCUAUGGUCAAAUUCUGUCCGCCAAAUUUAUGGGAGGUUUGGCUAGAGAGCAUUUUACACCCAUUACUCCUCCACUGUCAUCAAGCUCUUGCUUGUUCAUGGUCCAGUCUUCUACUUGACGGCAGGGCAAAGGUUCCUGAUACCUUUGGCAAUCUUUCUGGUUUGGAGCUGAAGGUGGAAGUGAUGGAAGAAAAGUUGCUCCGUGACUUGACUCGGGAAGUGUGUUCUCUUCUCUCAGUUCUAGCUUCACCACCUCUUAAUAGUGGACUUCCUUCUUUGGAGCAUCUUGGACCUACUAAUCGUGUAGACUCACUUAAAGAAUUGAAUGCAUUUGUCUUAAAUUCUAUGGUCGGAUUUCUCAUGAUGCACAAAGGUCUUGCUCUUCAUGCGCUGAAAAUAGGCAUUGAUGUCUUUGCAUGGACAGAUGGUGAAGCUGUGACUAAAGCUAUCCCUUUCUGCGGAGCUAUUAUUCUUCUUGCUAUCAUGACAAACACUGUGGAACUUAGAGAAUUUGUUGCUAAGGAUUUAUUCCUUGCUUUAAUUAAAGGUCUAACUCUUGAGUCAAAUGCUGUAACUAGCUCAGAUAUCCUCGGAUUGUGUCGUGAAAUAUAUGUCUAUCUGGCAGAUAGAGAUCCUGCACCUAGACAGGUUCUGCUGUCCCUCCCUUCUAUUACAAGAGAUGAUUUGCUCGCUUUUGAGGAUGCUCUGGCUAAAACAAGUAGCCCUAAGGAACAAAAACAACUUAUUAAGAGCUUGCUUCUGUUAGCUACUGGAAACAAAUUAAGAGCCCUUGCUACCCUUAAGAGCACAAACAUCAUAACGAAUGUGACAGGUAGAUCACGGAGUUCAACCGCAACUUCUGGACCUAACAUUGAAGAAGAUGACACCAUUGGCUUAGCGGCAAUAACUUGAGAUACUUUUAUCUGUUCUGAUCUCUAAUCUUUUGGAGGAUGGGUUCAGAAAUUUCAGACGGGAUUUAUAACCAAGACAUACAAAUUGUUGUGCCAAAAACAAAUGCACGACUAUUCAUGAUACCAAAGAGCAGAAUCAAAUUGUUUUCGUUCAAUCAGGCCCCAUUAGGUUGUAUCAUAAUGUUCAACAGAUGUCUCUUUAUCUUGGGUUUGUGUGGCAUAUCUAUCCUUUGCGUUUGGAUUUCCCUUGUGGAGUUAAUUUAUAUGUUUCAGGUGCUGUAUAAUCUAAAUGUUUUAUAGUUCAAUUGGCUAUUUACUAGUUUGGGAUCCAUAAAUAUUACAUGCACAUGUAAACUACACUUGUAUUUUGAUUGUGCUUAUGAGCGGCGGCAAUUCACAGCAUAAAUGAUUCUUUGGCACAAA